UAAAUACCGACAUAGAUUUAUGUCAUAACAGAUAAAUAUAUUUCAUCAGUCUCGUUUUAACUGGAACGGUCAGCUAGUGAAGGUCAGUUAUUCUGCGUGUUGUAAUCCAACUUUGAAGAAAAUAUUCAUUUUGUUUCAAACCAGAAUCGAGGCAAUUACCGCAUUCCAAAAUGUCACAAACUGUGAAUGGCUCCACGGAAAAUGGUAUCAAUGUUACCAACUUGGUUACCUCCCCUGAAACAGUUGUUAAGACUGGAACGUUUAAAGUAAAAGCUGGUUUAGCUCAGAUGGCGAAAGGUGGUAUUAUAAUGGACGUCACCACACCGGAAGAAGCUAUCAUAGCAGAAGAAGCUGGGGCAUGUGCAGUAAUGGCGUUAGAGCGUGUACCUGCUGAUAUCAGACGAGAUGGUGGUGUAGCAAGAAUGACAGAUCCAAAGAAAAUUCGUGGUAUUAUAAAAGCUGUAACAAUACCUGUAAUGGCCAAGUCUAGAAUCGGCCAUUUUGCCGAAGCACAGAUAUUAGAGUCAUUAGGAGUGGAUAUGAUUGAUGAAUCGGAAGUGCUGACACCGGCUGAUGAAGUGAAUCAUAUUGAUAAACAUCCAUUCAAGGUACCGUUUGUCUGUGGUGCUAGAGAUCUUGGUGAAGCUUUAAGAAGAAUAGCUGAAGGUGCUGCUAUGAUUAGAACUAAAGGUGAAGCUGGAACAGGUGAUGUAUCAGAAGCUGUUAAACAUGCACGUACCAUCAAUAAACAGAUCCAAAUAGCCAAAUCACUAGAUGCUAUAGAGAUAUAUAACUAUGCUAAGGAACUUAGAGUACCAGUUGACCUCUUGAAGAAGACUGCUGAACUUGGACGACUUCCUGUGGUUAAUUUUGCUGCUGGUGGACUUGCAACACCAGCGGACGUUUCUCUUUUAAUGCAGUUGGGAGUGGAUGGCGUCUUCGUCGGUUCUGGAAUCUUCAAGAGUUCUAAUCCAUCCAAACGAGCUCGGGCCAUGGCUCAGGCGGUUACUCAUUACAAGGAACCAGCUAUAUUGGCAGAUCUCAGCGAAGAUCUUGGUGAUGCUAUGUUUGGUGUUCCGGUAAAUAAGCAAAGAUCGGUUUCCUGUGAAGCACCCGAUCAACAAAAGAUCUGGAACGCAACUCUAGGCGAUCCUUAUCAAUGGGCUAAAAAUAAUGCUGCUUAAUGAUUUCAUUUGAUUGCGAAGAAUGAUUUGAAACAAUUAUACUCAUGCAUUAUUGAUAUCUCUUAAAAAUUCCUCCUUUACUGAAGAUUGAUACGAAGUGUGUGCAUUUGAGCACUGUGGAUAUUAAAAAUGGUGAUGUCAUUUUUAGAUUAGAUGCAAUGUUUUACUAAACCUUUGUCCAAGCUGUUUAAACAGUAAUUUAUACUCUUUCAUGCAAUUGAAUAAAUAAAUGGAAUACCGAA